UGGCGGCCCGCAGUGAGCGACAGGUCGUGUGUUGUGAAACGACUGCUUGUUCCAGCAUGUUGGUUCUGUUAUGACAGCAGAUUUGACUUCUUAAUAAAUGAAAUAAUAAAAACAUUACAGUCAGAGCGGGAAAAAUGUUUCCAGCAACAUGGUCACGACUGUCCUGUAAGGCUUUGUCCAUCCGGGGCCUGAGGACGCGGAGUCUGCUGUCCAGCUCCGGACCUCCAAACUGGAGUAAAGUGGUGUCCGACGCAGAGAAGCUCGUGGGAUACCCGACGUCCUUCAUGUCGCUCCGCUGCCUGCUCAGCGACGAGUUCAGCAAUGUGGCCAUGCACGUGAGGAAGCUGGUCGGCACGCAGCACCCUCUGCUCAACACCGCGAGGGGCUAUGUCUACGACAGCAGGAACAACCUCCAGACCAGAGGACUGAUCGUACUGCUGCUGUCGAAAGCGGCGGGGCCGAGCCACGCGGCCUCUGACCUCCUGUCACAGGACAUGGUCAGCGGGAUCUACCCUAGCCAGAGGAACUUGGCAGAAAUCACUGAGUUGAUCCACACGGCGUUCCUGGUGCAUCGUGGGAUAGUCGAUCUGAAGGGGUGGACGGACUCAGACGGCCCGCUGAAGGACAUGGAGUUUGGGAAUAAGAUGGCGGUCCUGAGCGGAGACUUCCUGCUGGCAAACGCUUGUACCGGACUUGCCCAACUGAAUAACACUAAGGUUGUUGAACUGAUCUCGAGUGCCAUCGGUGAUGUGGUUCAAGGAAUCUACAGUGAGAACUACAGUAAUACUGAGGAGAACAGUCUCACUGACGGCGUCGACGUGGCGGCGUGGGAGGAGCACGCCUUCCUGUCGCACGGGGCGCUGCUGGCCAAGAGCUGUCAGGCUGCGAUGGAGCUCGCCAAACACGACAAGGGGUCCCAAAGAUUGGCCUUCAAGUACGGAAAGCACAUAUCACUGGGCCACAAGCUGAACUCUGACCUGCAGCCGUUUGUGAAGAGCGGCGUGGGAGAGCCGGCGUCGUUCAGUUUGAGCGCCGCCCCGGUGGUUUUCCACCGUCAGAUCGUCGGCCAGGAGAGAUGGCGUCAGCAGCUGCAGCAGGCAACAACACUGAGAAACCAGCUGGAUUACUCAAAGCUUCUGGCCGCAGUGAAGUCUGAGAAAGGCGUGAGCUCAGCGGUGGACUUAUGCUGUUACCAUGGCAACAAGGCUCUGGAGGCCAUCCAGGCUUUCCCCUCCUCCGAGGCUCGAUCCGCCUUGGAGAACAUCGCCUCCGCCAUCUCCAAAUUUUGACCUGGACUCAAACACACACAGACACACACACAGACACAGAGUGUCUUUGUCUGCAGAGGCAACAGGACGAGAACCAGUGAACAGUUGAGACAAACCAACUUCUUUUAAGCCCGGUGCUGACUCAUGUCUGGAGAAACUGCUCUUCUCUGUUGUGGAUCACAGUGUCCAAUGCAAUGGCUAUACCCAUAAAUGGUCAUCAUUAAAAAAAAGAAUAAAAGCCCAUUACUUCAGCAUCACGUCAUGCAUUGUGUUGUGCUCUGAUACAUACCCUUUCUCUCUUUCCCGGUGGAGGAAGUAUCACGCCAAGCUGCAUUUAAAAAGCUGCCAGUUUUAUUACCACCUUGCUUAUCAGCGAAAGCACAUCCAGGCAGAACGCAUUUUAAGAUGUUUUGCAGAAAAUGAUGCACCAAGCAGCGCGUCAUGUUCUAACAAAACCAUUUUUUUAAAUAAUUUUUUUAGAGUCACCCAGGUUCACCCUGCUCAUUACUGCACACCUCAGAUGGUGUAGCUGCUGGAUGUAGUGGGUGUUUGCCAAAUUGAGGAGCAGCUCCAAUCCGGUUGUAAAAAUGUCCCAAAGUCAUGUUCUACCAGGUAUGUGCUGCUACUGAUAAGCACAGCUGCAGAAUUGUUUUGAAAAAGGUCUUUUUCUAAUGGCAUUUGGCGUGAUAUUCGCUCCACAGGGGGGGGAGAUAUGGCAUGAAUCAGGAGAAAUGUCAUCUAUGUUGCCUUAUUAUGUCCGUCCCCAUUCCUGUGUAUGUGAUCCAAGUCGACCCAGGGGUGGGGAAAGGUCACACAGUCUCUCCUCUUGGCCCAGCCAGCGAGCGCAUUGAAGCUCCGCCAAGCAGUAAUUAUUAAUGAAGAGACCUGAGCAAAUGGACAGGAAAUGCAGAGGUAUUGAUUGGGCCGGCUGCCCUGCUCUAAGCCGUACAGGCUGGCGCCAGCCUGGUGGCCUGUGGUUUCCCAGGCUGCUGUCUGCAGAGGAAGGGGGUGGUGGGAGGGGGGGGCAGCAGCCAAGGUGUGAAACCAGGCCACCGCUGGCAGCUGUCCGUCACAUCCAGGCCACACCUGAAGGACAGAGCACAGGAGACGGGAUGAGACUAAAAACAGGACUGGGCUGACCCAGAGGAGUCUGUGUAGCUCUAGGGAACAGCAGUGCAUGUGGGUAUCAUAUCAGAACAUGCUAGCCAACUAGAAACUAGAAACUACACAAUACUCAAGUAAUGGUUAAAUGUUUGACUUGGAAAAAGAGAGUUCCAAUUGAAGUUUUGGUUAAGUCGGUAACGUCGCAAUUAUUUGCAGGUUCCAGAAGAAACAUUUCCUCUAAAUGACAGGAAACUCCUGUUAAUGAUACACCACGCUGGUCCAGACUGAAAUAUCUCAACUGUAUUACAUGGAUUCAUGUUUAUGAGACAUUCACAGUCCUCCUUAGUUUGGUGAUUUUGAUAAUUAGCAUAUGUUAGCACGCUAACAUGCUAAACUAAACAGGUGGACAUGGUAAACAUCAUGUUUCCAGUGCAGUUUGAGCAUGUUAGCAUGCUGGUGUUUGCAUUCAACUCAUCCAAGGCUCUUAGUGUUGUUUAUUAAAUGGUUUCCCAAAUUAUAAAACUUAAAUAAAACUUUGCACUUUAAGUUGCUUUCA